UAAUCAUGGACGGUCCUCGACCUUUGCACUAAGCUUCCCUAAACCCCCUCACCUUUCAAAAGCUUCACUAAACCCCCUGACCUUUAUGGCGGCGCCAUUCACGGCCCUUCUGAAAAAAAAAACACAAAAUCGCGGCGCCGCCAACGAUUUAAUCGUUUGCAUGCGUUUUCCUCGCCACCUGUCGACCCACGUGACCUGUCCUCUGUCAGUUGCAACAGUCCCUCUCUCUGACAUGCCGGUUGACUUUUCAAAUUUUAAAAUCAAAAAAAAAAUUAACCGCUCGGUAACUUUUAUCUCUCUUUCAUCUUCUUUCUGACAUACUCUUUCAUCCUUCUCUUCUCUUCCCUUUUUUCUUCUGAAACUCAUUCUCUUCCCUUUUUUCUUCUGAAACUCUCAUUUUCACACCGCCAUUGUCUCGUCGAUUGCCUGUUCAUCUUCCGUGCUUUCUGUGUUUUUGCAUUGUGAAGAAGAAAAAAUAACGAAGGAACAAAACAUAAAUUUAGAGUUUUUAUAGUGAAAGAAUUACAAAAAUGAGAAAGAAAGGAAAAGGAAAAUCAAAGGAAAGAGAACGAACGGGACCACCUGGAACUGCUGGAUGGGGUUUAAUGGAUGAGAGCGAUAGUGACGAAGUGGUGGAAGCCUUCCCAUAGAUCUCCACUCCCAAGACACAACGACAAUGGAAGGACAAGCUAAACAAGUUGUGUGCGACUGUGGAAUUCCAUGCCGUAUGCAGAUUUCCUCCACCGAACGAAAUCCAGGACGGAGAUUUUACGGCUGUUCGAAGAGAAAUAAUCAAUGCGAUUUUUUUGCGUGGGUGGAUAACGACAUGGCCUAUCAGAUGACGAUGGUCAGGAAUUUGAAAAGUGAGGUUAAUGGCAUGACUGAAGAACGCAACAAAGCUCUACUGGAACUAGUUCAUGCCCAUACUCAGGUGGCGGCUAAAACUGACGAACUGGAGCAACUUAAUGAGGCCUUCGAGGGAUUGAAGGAGUCCAUUGAGAUGUACCACGAAGAAAAUGUGCUUAUGAUCCAGGAUAGUGGUCUGCAACUUAUGGAGAUAAACACUCUGAAGAAACACGUCAAGCUGAUGGAAGUCAAGUGCUCAGACAUGGAGAGGAAAAACAAGAUCAUGAGGCUUGGUUUUUUUGUGGCAUUUACAAUUGCCGGUUGCAGUUUAUCCGUUGCUUGUUUGAAGAAAAAAUGAUGCAUUUUCUAUUAAGUGACAAUGGCUUGUGUUUGUGCAGUGUUGUUAGUAAACUGCGUUCCAAUAAUUUUUUGUAUUAUCUUAAACUCAUUUAAUUUGCUUGUUGGGAAAACUUUGUGUGAUUCAAAAAUUUAAAUUACAGUACUGUCGUUGAUUACAUAAUUUAAGUGCAGGUGCUGUCUUUCAUAAUUAAAUAUAAGUUCAGGUGCUGUCUUUCAUAAUUGGUCGAAAUGUCAAGGGCUAUAUUAGACUUCACAGAGAAAUAAACCGCCAAAAAAAUGAAAACUUAAUGGCAAAGAUUAGCAAUGGGUUUUCCAAGAAACCCUUUCAUUACACCCGUUCCAUCAGUUGUAUUGUUCCAAUGCAGCCUCUUCGUUAACCACAACCACUAACACAAAGGGCAUGUAAAGAAAUUGAAGAGUCAUGAUGGUAACUUAUUUAAAUAGGCAACCACAGCAACUGAUUCAACCAUUUCAGAUUACACAAAUUGUUCUUAUUCUCAGAAAAACCAGAAGAUGUCCGAUAAUAUUGUUGUGUCUUCACUUAAUAUGGAACUCAUGGAUUGCCCAAUAUGCUGUGAACCCUUAACAACUCCAAUUAUUCAGUGUGAAAAUGGGCAUGCAACAUGCAACUCAUGCUCGGAGAAGACUCAGAAGUGCCAUUCUUGCACCCUGCCUAUCAGAAGAAUGAGGAACCGGAUUCUUGAAGAUGUUGCUGACUCUUUGAGAGUUUGUUGCUCGUUCAAGAAUUAUGGAUGCCCAGCAACUGUGAGGUACCCCGAAAAGAGCAACCACGAAAAGUUCUGUUCUUUCAUAGAGUGCUCAUGCCCCAUUGAAGUUUGCAAUGUUAAGGGAACCUCUGAAAUGAUUUAUGCUCACUGUAAAGUGAUGCAUAAAGAUUUUGUGAAGCCGUUUGUUUUUUGUCGUAAAUUCCCUGUUUCUGUUCGGCUGAAUGAUAAUUUCUUUAUUCUCCAAGAGGAAAACACAGACAUUGUGUUUGUUCUGAACAACACAACGUGUUCUUAUGGGAAUAUUCUUACAAUCUGUUGUCUUGCACCGUCACAAGCUGGAUGCUGCCCCUAUGAAAUUGAAGUGAAUGCCAACUCAAGUCACAAGUUUCACAGUACUACCCAGAACAUUCAAGGCACCGGCAAUUACUAUCGUUCUUUUUCAGGGUUCCUUCUUGAUAGUGACCACGAAUUUUUUGCUGACGGUAUGAUCAAGAUGGAGUUUUGUGUUUAUCGCGCACCGGAGCUUGCUUAAGAGGAUGACCUGUUUAUGUAGUCUUGUUUAUGUAUUUUUUGGUUAAUUUUGGUGAAGAUGGAUAUUUUUGUUCUUGUUUUUGUUCUUGUUCAGGGUUAAUUUUGGUGAAGAUGGAUGUUAAUGUAAUUUUUUUCUAAACGUUCUGAAAUGUUUGAAUAUUUAAUGAAGUCAA